CUCACUGGGGGCUGAUUAUGCUGUGUAAUGUAGGUUUUUGCAGGACCAUUUAACCUUUGACGUACUUUGCACAAACAACAAGGUACAGGUAGGCCUACUGUCUGUAAGUAAAGCCACAUAGAAACAACUCCACAGACACACCAGAGGAUUCAAGGCAUAUUCAGGGUUCAACAAGGCUGUUUUAAGUGGAAUCUACUGUAUGUAUCAUGGCAAAACCUUCCCAAACCCAACUCCUCAGGAGGGUCAACUUUUUGGUUGCCACCGGUUUUUUGCUGGUGCUGGGCAUUGUGUACAUCGGAAUGACCCACGUGGAUAUCAGCGUACCCAACACAUCUAGGGUUGGUGACCGGCUAGCCUUUGCCCUACGCUGGCUGAUCCUUUCACUGGUACCCUUGGUGUCCUGUGUGCUGUUAGUUGCCCGAACCCGUGGGGCCAACAUCGAGACGGCAGGCUACGAUCCCACCCUGGCAGUAUCACAAAAAAUUGUGGAAGCUAAACAGCGGGUCCUCCAAAACACCUUGGAGCAGACCCUGAUCCACGCGAUGGUCGUUCUGGUCAUCAGCUCGUACCAAGAGGGCCAGAGUCUAAAGAUCGUCCCGAUACUCGUCUUUGUUUUCCUCUGCGGGCGAGUGAUGUUUUCCAUCGGGUACCUGGCCACGGAUAACCGCAUAAAUCGCGCCCUGGGAUUCGCUAUGACUUUCCUGCCCAAUAUCUUGGGCACAUUCUACUGUGUGUAUUGCUUGUACACCCGAGGUCCUGGUGCAGGUAUCCCGAGUGAGUAGUGGACACAUCACCAGGGGGUUCCAAACUAACACUGGACAGCUGGAGUAAACUUAAGACCGUACAAGUCUGACGGUCUCGUAUAUUUGAAUAAAAACACCUCACUGCAUUUUUUAUAUAAACUUUAGAAAUACAAAUACGAGUGUUAAAAUAUUAGCCAGGGCUCCAAAUUAACCAGUGGCUCCAAAUUAACACUGGACCACAGGCCUCAGGCCCAUGAUUUUAGCUUUGGGCCAGUAAACGUAAGAACGUACAAGUCCAGCAGUCUUGUAUUUUGUAAUAAUAACACCACACUGUAUUUUUAUACACAGACUGAUAAACAAAUAUCUUUCAAGUCAUUUGAGUAUUGAAGUAAUGUAUUACCUAGGGCUUAAAAUGGUUUUCAAGAGAUUAGGGGAACCCACCCCGCCCCUAAAAGGGAGCCUUCAUUUGCAUAAACGUGACUUUAUGUCGGUAACCUGAGCUGCCGGGCCCCCUGGCUGUGUGCAUAUAGAGACGUGUGCACUGUGUGGCCUGGUACCUAGGCGCGUGUAGUUAGGGACC